GUGUAUUUGAAAUUAGUGUAUAAUAUUAUAGUCAGUGCAACUGCAUUGGUGGAAAAACUGGAUAAAGCUCCUCAACAAUGACUGUCAUUGCUGCAUUUUCCUUGAUUUUUGUAUGCUUGAUUUCAAGCUCUUCCUCACAGCCCCGGUUUGGAAGACCACGUGGCUGCCUUUUAAACAGACUGGAUGUCCUUAAUUGUACAAUUGUGAAUACAGCCCGCACAGAUGUUCCACAACCAAAUCAGUAUGCUAUCUAUACCACAAGAAUACGUGGGAAUCGAAACUCCAGAACUUGCGUGAUUCGAAGCAGAGAUGACAUUGUGCGGCCACUCGAUACAAUAGGAGGAGAUCCGCGCGUUUACUACCUCUUCUCACCAGGGAGGUCAUUGGCCAACCCAACAAAUUAUGGCAACCAGUUUCUAAUGAAGUAUAGAGUGCAGUGUCCGGAUAAUCAUUUUGCUUUCUUCAAUCUCACAUCUCUGGAAAUUGAGGAGCCGAUAUGCGAGGAUCGUAAUUUCCCUCAGCCAAGGUGCAUCGAUUCCCUCCAAGUGAGCAGAGGUGGAGGAGGGUUUGGCUUUAUUGAAACCUGUGGCACCAACAUUCCCAGUGAACUAGCAUCUUCGCUUGAUUCUGGUACUAUUGAGGUAAUCCUGAGGACCAGUGACAGGGGAAGGUUUCCUGGGUUCUCGGCCACUGUAGUGUGUGUGAGCACUGACUUACUAGCAAUGACUGGCAAUGAUAACAGUGGAGGACAAGGCUCUAAUUCACGACAAUUGUUUAGUGCCAGAGUUACGCGUCAAGUGGAGUAUGUUAAGCGAAUGAAGAGAAGCACUCUCAGUUUGGAGGAUGCCACAACCCUGGCCUGCAGUGUGGAUGAGGUUAAUGUUCCUUUUAAUGGUGGCAUCACGUACGUCAACAGAGUGGUCACUAUUCUUGACAUGACGAACAUGGCAGUCAUACGCAGGUUGCCAUCACCCAUCAACAAGCUGGUAGUCAUAGAUACCAACGGUACCCAGCUGGAAUUCAUUCGUGAAGCUCCACUGACUAACGAUUCUGUCACAAUCUUCUCAGGACCUGGUCCAUUAACUAGAGCUGGAGUGUUUGUCUUCUUCACAUCAUUUACGACCCUCCCUGAGUUGGGGAACACACCACCGGAGGCUGUAAUCCCUGCUGCUCGCGUGGCGGAUGUCACUGGUAUCCUCCUGGCUGCACAUUCGAGGCUGGCACUUGAGGGUAAUGGUGAGGCCUUAACCCUCGAUGAGUUGGAACCACCCCCCAUUGACUUGGACGGCCUCGGAAUAGAGGACGAUGAUACUGGAGAUAAUGUUACCACAGCCAAUCCUCGGUUUGCAAGACAUACUCCUGAAAGAUCUCGUCGAAUAAGACGUUUAACUGAGAACAUACAGCCUGUGCAAUGCAACUACACUAACAAUGAUGUUGGGCUUGCUGUAUUGAAUCAGAUGACAAUCAACCCCGUCCUGAUCACUAUUAUAGACGUAAUAUUCAACUGCACAGAGAGGGAACAGCCAGGAAGAAUUCAAGAGAUUAUUGAAAGCAUCGCCAUUGACUUUCGAUUCACCCAAGAUGAGUACUUGGUGAGAGAGGAUGUGGGGAAUGUAACAGUUUGUCUGGAAAUAGCCACUGAGGGGUUUUUACCCAGAAAUGGUCGUGAGUCUGGUCACAGUCGACGGAAAUGCUACAGCUCUUCCUCACAGCCCCGGUUUGGAAGACCACGUGGCUGCCUUUUGAACAGACUGGAUGUCAUUAAUUGUACAAUUGUGAAUACAGCCCGCACAAAUGUUCCACAACCAAAUCAGUAUGCUAUCUAUACCACAAGAAUACGUGGGAAUCGAAACUCCAGAACUUGCGUGAUUCGAAGCAGAGAUGACAUCGUGCGGCCGCUCGAUACAAUAGGAGGAGAUCCGCGCGUUUACUACCUCUUCUCACCAGGGAGGUCAUUGGCCAACCCAAUAAAUUAUGGCAACCAGUUACUAAUGAAGUAUAGAGUGCAGUGUCCGGAUAAUCAUUUUGCUUUCUUCAAUCUCACAUCUCUGGAAAUUGAGGAGCCGAUAUGUGAGGAUCGUAAUUUCCCUCAGCCAAGGUGUACCGAUUCCCUCCAAGUGAGCAGAGGUGGAGGAGGGUUCGGCUUUAUUGAAACCUGUGGUACCAACAUUCCCAGUGAAUUAGCAUCUUCACUUGAUUCUGGUACUAUUGAGGUAAUCCUGAGGACCAGUGACAGGGGAAGGUUUCCUGGGUUCGAGGCCACUGUGGUGUGUGUGAGCACUGACUUACUAGCAAUGACUGGCAAUGGUAACAGUGGAGGACAAAGUUCAAAUCCACGACAAUUUAUUAAUGCCAGAGUUAGGCGUCAAGUGGAGUAUGUUAAGCGAAUGAAGAGAAGCACUCUCAGUUUGGAGGAUGCCACAACCCUGGCCUGUAGCGUGGAUGAGGUUAAUGUUCCUUUUAAUGGUGGCAUCACGUACGUCAACAGAGUGGUCACUAUUCUUGACAUGAUGAACAUGGCAGUCAUACGCAGAUUGCCAUCUCCCAUCAACAAGCUAGUAGUCAUGGAUACCAACGGUACCCAGCUGGAAUUCAUUCGUGACGCUCCGCUGACUAACGAUUCUGUCACAAUCUUCAAUGGACCUGGUCCAUUAACUAGAGCUGGAGUGCUUGUCUUCUUCACAUCAUUUACUACCAUUCCAGAGUUGGGAAAUACACCACCCGAGGCUGUAAUCCCUGCUACGCGCGAGGCAGAUGUCACUAGUAUCCUCCUGGCUGCACAUUCGAGGCUGGCACUUGAGGGUAAUGGUGAGGCCCUAACCCUCGAUGAGUUGGAACCACCCCCCAUUGACUUGGACGGCCUCGGAAUAGAGGGCGAUGAUAUUGGAGAUAAUGUUACCACAGGAAAUCCUCGGUUUGCAAGACAUACUCUUGAAAGAUCUCAUCGAAUAAGACGUUUUACUGAGAACAUACAGCCUGUGCAAUGCGACUAUACUAACAAUGCUAUUGGGCUUGCUGUAUUGAAUCAGAUGUCAAACAACCCCGUCUUGAUCACUAUUAUAGACGUAAUAUUCAACUGCACAGAGAGGGAGCAGCCAGGAAGAAUUCAAGAGAUUAUUGAAAGCGUUGCCAUUGACUUUCAAUUCACCCAAGAUGAGUACCUGGUGAGAGAGGAUGUGGGGAAUGUAACAGUUUGUCUGGAAAUAGCCACUGAGGGGUUUUUACCCAGAGAUGUGGUUGUGAGUCUGGUCACAGUAGACGGAAAUGCUACAGAACCAGAAGACUAUAGUUUUGUGAAUACCACCUCAAUGUUUUUCAAUGCCACUGCUCAAGGCGGGCCAGGAUCUCUGAUGUGUAUCCAGAUAGAAGUCUUUAAUGACAAUCUGAUUGAGUUUGACGAGAUGUUCAUUGUGACAGCUGACUCACCUGAUCCCAAUGUUAACACAACCUUUAUCAUGGCCACUGUCAUCAUCUUGGACGAGGACGUAAUGUUCCAGAUCACUAAUUCGCCAGGCUCAUUCACAGUCACUGAGACUGCUAGUACGCUCGCUGAAUCCAUUGUUGUGUCACUGCUUGUGGGAACUCUACCCUUUCCAGUGGAGAUUGUCCUUAAUGACAUUGGAACAGCUAAAAUCAGUGAUGGAGAUUUUACUGCUUCGCUCAUCCUAACAUUUGAUACUGGUUCUGGUCCUGGCAUCUCCUCUUCUGCUCAAGUAACCAUUCUGCGGGACCUACUGGUGGAGGAGGAGAAUGAGACUCUGAUAUUGCAGCUGACCACAAUGCCUCUGGCUCGUUUGGCAUUCCCUGUGGGAGAAGACUUAGUAGAGGGAACUAUUAUGGAUGUCGAUGUACCUGUUUUCCUGUUGACUGAGACCAACUUUACAGUGGAUGAGAAUGAUACAAUUGUGCAGCUGUCUGUUGAGCUAGUCCAAUCAACUCUCACGUUUCCAAUUCACGUGCUUGUUCAAGAUGGAACACAGAUGGCAAAUUUGCUUGGAAUUUUCGUUCCAGUCAACAGACUUGCUACCAUUGGGGAAGACUACUUGAGCUUUGGAACCACAUUGACCUUUGAGGCUGGUUCUGGACCAGGCACCAAGUUCUUUGUAAAUGUCUCUAUACUUCAAGAUGUACCCAUUGAGAUUGAUGAGGUAAUUAUUGUGGUUGCUUCUAUACUCUCAACUCGAGGAGAGUUUUCAUCUGGGGGAGACACUGAUGUCACAACUAUCACUAUUAUUGACAAUGAGGCUGAAACGGUGGUAUGUCCCGAACUCUCUGAGCCUGAAAACGGAACAAUCACAUAUUCCAUUAACCAACCACCCCCUUUCCCGCUUGGCACUGAGGCUAAGUACACUUGCAACCUUGGCCUGGGACUGGAACGAGGUGAUGUUCUGAGGGUGUGUCUCGGCGAUGUAGUCAACACUGUAGGACAGUGGAAUGGUGCUGAACCUCACUGCAAUGCUAUAAGAUGCCCAGCACUAGAAGCCCCGGACAAUGGAAUUGUUGAAUACAGUAUACGGGAAGUUUUAAUAGAUACGUUCAGUUUUGGGGCGGAGGCAAACUUUAGCUGCUCAUUUGGGUUUGCUCUCAUUGGUGAACCAGUCAGUGUGUGUGUUGGCAAUGGCAGCAGCUCCAUGGGAGUGUUUGAUACAGAGGCUCCAGUGUGCAAACCUAUUACCUGUGAGACUCUGCCAGCACCUGAGAAUGGAACGGUGUCCUAUAGCACAGAUAGUAACAUUAUGGAUACCUUUAGUUUUGAAACGGAGGCUUAUUUCAGCUGUGACGUAGGGUUCUCUCUGGUUGGUAGCGAGACAAGGACUUGUGGCGAUGGCACUAUGACAGUGGGAGAAUUCAAUGGAACAACACCAGCUUGUGAAGCUAUUACCUGUGAGACUCUGCCAGCACCUGAGAAUGGAACGGUGUCCUACAGUACAAAUAAUAACACUAUGGGUACCUUUAGUUUUGGAACGGAGGCUUAUUUCAGCUGUGACGUAGGGUUCUCUCCAGUUGGUAGUGAGACAAGGUCUUGCGGUGAUGGGAAUAUGACAGUGGGAGAAUUCAAUGGAACAGCAUCAGCUUGUGAAGCUAUUACCUGUGAGACUCUGCCAGCACCUGAAAAUGGAAUGGUGUCCUACAGCACAAACAAUAACGCUACGGGUACCUUUAGUUUUGGAACGGAGGCUUAUUUCAGCUGUGACGUAGGAUUCUUUCUGAUUGGUGAUAAGACAAUUAGGACUUGUGUUGGUGGGAAUAUGACAGUGGGAAAAUUCAAUGGAACAACACCAGCUUGUGAAGCUAUUACCUGUGAGACUCUGCCAGCAACUGAGAAUGGAACGGUGUCCUACAGCACAAAUAAUAACACUAUGGGUACCUUUAGUUUUGGAACGGAGGCUUACUUUAGCUGUGACGUAGGAUUUUCUCUGGUUGGUAGUGAGACAAGGUCUUGCGGUGAUGGGAAUAUGACAGUGGGAGAAUUCAAUGGAACAGCACCAGCUUGUGAAGCUAUUACUUGUGAGACUCUGCCAGCACCUGAAAAUGGAAUGGUGUCCUACAGCACAAACAAUAACGCUACGGGUACCUUUAGUUUUGGAACAGAGGCUUAUUUCAGCUGUGACGUAGGAUUCUUUCUGAUUGGUGAUGAGACAAUUAGGACUUGUGUUGGUGGGAAUAUGACAGUGGGAAAAUUCAAUGGAACAACACCAGCUUGUGAAGCUAUUACCUGUGAGACUCUGCCAGCACCUGAGAAUGGAAUGGUGUCCUACAGUACAAAUAAUAACACUAUGGGUACCUUUAGUUUUGGAACGGAGGCUUAUUUCAGCUGUGACGUAGGGUUCUCUCCAGUUGGUAGUGAGACAAGGUCUUGCGGUGAUGGGAAUAUGACAGUGGGAGAAUUCAAUGGAACAGCAUCAGCUUGUGAAGCUAUUACCUGUGAGACUCUGCCAGCACCUGAAAAUGGAAUGGUGUCCUACAGCACAAACAAUAACGCUACGGGUACCUUUAGUUUUGGAACGGAGGCUUAUUUCAGCUGUGACGUAGGAUUCUUUCUGAUUGGUGAUAAGAGAAUUAGGACUUGUGUUGGUGGGAAUAUGACAGUGGGAAAAUUCAAUGGAACAACACCUGCUUGUGAAGCUAUUACCUGUGAGACUCUGCCAGCAACUGAGAAUGGAACGGUGUCCUACAGCACAAAUAAUAACACUAUGGGUACCUUUAGUUUUGGAACGGAGGCUUACUUUAGCUGUGACGUAGGAUUUUCUCUGGUUGGUAGUGAGACAAGGUCUUGCGGUGAUGGGAAUAUGACAGUGGGAGAAUUUAAUGGAACAGCACCAGCUUGUGAAGCUAUUACUUGUGAGACUCUGCCAGCACCUGAAAAUGGAAUGGUGUCCUACAGCACAAACAAUAACGCUACGAGUACCUUUAGUUUUGGAACGGAGGCUUAUUUCAGCUGUGACGUAGGAUUCUUUCUGAUUGGUGAUGAGACAAUUAGGACUUGUGUUGGUGGGAAUAUGACAGUGGGAAAAUUCAAUGGAACAACACCAGCUUGUGAAGCUAUUACCUGUGAGACUCUGCCAGCACCUGAGAAUGGAAUGGUGUCCUACAGUACAAAUAAUAACACUAUGGGUACCUUUAGUUUUGGAACGGAGGCUUAUUUCAGCUGUGACGUAGGAUUCUCUCCGGUUGGUAGUGAGACAAGGUCUUGCGGUGAUGGGAAUAUGACAGUGGGAGAAUUUAAUGGAACAGCACCAGCUUGUGAAGCUAUUACCUGUGAGACUCUGCCAGCACCUGAAAAUGGAAUGGUGUCCUACAGCACAAACAAUAACGCUACGGGUACCUUUAGUUUUGGAACAGAGGCUUAUUUCAGCUGUGACGUAGGAUUCUUUCUGAUUCUGAUUGGUGAUGAGACAAUUAGGACUUGUGUUGGUGGGAAUAUGACAGUGGGAAAAUUCAAUGGAACAACACCAGCUUGUGAAGCUAUUACCUGUGAGACUCUGCCAGCACCUGAGAAUGGAAUGGUGUCCUACAGUACAAAUAAUAACACUAUGGGUACCUUUAGUUUUGGAACAGAGGCUUACUUCAGCUGUGACGUAGAAUUCUCUCUGGUUGGUAGUGAGACAAGGUCUUGUGGUGAUGGAAACAUGACAGUGGGAGAAUUCAAUGGAACAGCACCAGCUUGUGAAGCUAUUACCUGUGAGACUCUGCCAGCACCUGAAAAUGGAAUGGUGUCCUACAGCACAAACAAUAACGCUACGGGUACCUUUAGUUUUGGAACGGAGGCUUAUUUCAGCUGUGACGUAGGAUUCUUUCUGAUUGGUGAUGAGACAAUUAGGACUUGUGUUGAUGGGAAUAUGACAGUGGGAAAAUUCAAUGGAACAACACCAGCUUGUGAAGCUAUUACCUGUGAGACUCUGCCAGCACCUGAGAAUGGAACGGUGUCCUACAGUACAAAUAAUAACACUAUGGGUACCUUUAGUUUUGGAAUAGAGGCUUAUUUCAGCUGUGACGUAGGAUUCUCUCUGGUUGGUAGUGAGACAAGGUCUUGCGGUGAUGGGAAUAUGACAGUGGGAGAAUUCAAUGGAACAGCACCAGCUUGUGAAGCUAUUACUUGUGAGACUCUGCCAGCACCUGAAAAUGGAAUGGUGUCCUACAGCACAAACAAUAACGCUACGGGUACCUUUAGUUUUGGAACAGAGGCUUAUUUCAGCUGUGACGCAGGAUUCUUUCUGAUUGGUGAUGAGACAAUUAGGACUUGUGUUGGUGGGAAUAUGACAGUGGGAAAAUUCAAUGGAACAUCACCAGCUUGUGAAGCUAUUACCUGUGAGACUCUGCCAGCACCUGAGAAUGGAAUGGUGUCCUACAGUACAAAUAAUAACACUAUGGGUACCUUUAGUUUUGGAACAGAGGCUUACUUCAGCUGUGACGUAGGAUUCUCUCUGGUUGGUAGUGAGACAAGGUCUUGCGGUGAUGGGAAUAUGACAGUGAGAGAAUUCAAUGGAACAGCACCAGCUUGUGAAGCUAUUACUUGUGAGACUCUGCCAGCACCUGAAAAUGGAAUGGUGUCCUACAGCACAAACAAUAACGCUACGGGUACCUUUAGUUUUGGAACAGAGGCUUAUUUCAGCUGUGACGUAGGAUUCUUUCUGAUUGGUGAUGAGACAAUUAGGACUUGUGUUGAUGGGAAUAUGACAAUGGGAAAAUUCAAUGGAACAACACCUGCUUGUGAAGCUAUUACCUGUGAGACUCUGCCAGCACCUGAGAAUGGAAUGGUGUCCUACAGUACAAAUAAUAACACUAUGGGUACCUUUAGUUUUGGAACGGAGGCUUACUUCAGCUGUGACGUAGGAUUCUCUCUGGUUGGUAGUGAGACAAGGUCUUGUGGUGAUGGGAAUAUGACAGUGGGAGAAUUCAAUGGAACAGCACCAACUUGUGAAGCUAUUACCUGUGAGACUCUGCCAGCACCUGAAAAUGGAAUGGUGUCCUACAGCACAAACAAUAACGCUACGGGUACCUUUAGUUUUGGAACAGAGGCUUAUUUCAGCUGUGACGUAGGAUUCUUUCUGAUUGGUGAUGAGACAAUUAGGACUUGUGUUGGUGGGAAUAUGACAGUGGGAAAAUUCAAUGGAACAUCACCAGCUUGUGAAGCUAUUACCUGUGAGACUCUGCCAGCACCUGAGAAUGGAAUGGUGUCCUACAGUACAAAUAAUAACACUAUGGGUACCUUUAGUUUUGGAACAGAGGCUUACUUCAGCUGUGACGUAGGAUUCUCUCUGGUUGGUAGUGAGACAAGGUCUUGCGGUGAUGGGAAUAUGACAGUGAGAGAAUUCAAUGGAACAGCACCAGCUUGUGAAGCUAUUACUUGUGAGACUCUGCCAGCACCUGAAAAUGGAAUGGUGUCCUACAGCACAAACAAUAACGCUACGGGUACCUUUAGUUUUGGAACAGAGGCUUAUUUCAGCUGUGACGUAGGAUUCUUUCUGAUUGGUGAUGAGACAAUUAGGACUUGUGUUGAUGGGAAUAUGACAAUGGGAAAAUUCAAUGGAACAACACCUGCUUGUGAAGCUAUUACCUGUGAGACUCUGCCAGCACCUGAGAAUGGAAUGGUGUCCUACAGUACAAAUAAUAACACUAUGGGUACCUUUAGUUUUGGAACGGAGGCUUACUUCAGCUGUGACGUAGGAUUCUCUCUGGUUGGUAGUGAGACAAGGUCUUGUGGUGAUGGGAAUAUGACAGUGGGAGAAUUCAAUGGAACAGCACCAACUUGUGAAGCUAUUACCUGUGAGACUCUGCCAGCACCUGAAAAUGGAAUGGUGUCCUACAGCACAAACAAUAACGCUACGGGUACCUUUAGUUUUGGAACGGAGGCUUAUUUCAGCUGUGACGUAGGAUUCUUUCUGAUUGGUGAUGAGACAAUUAGGACUUGUGUUGAUGGGAAUAUGACAGUGGGAAAAUUCAAUGGAACAUCACCAGCUUGUGAAGCUAUUACCUGUGAGACUCUGCCAGUACCUGAGAAUGGAACGGUGUCCUACAGUACAAAUAAUAACACUAUGGGUACCUUUAGUUUUGGAACGGAGGCUUACUUCAGCUGUGACGUAGGAUUUUCUCUGAUUGGUAGUGAGACAAGGUCUUGCGGUGAUGGGAAUAUGACAGUGGGAGAAUUCAAUGGAACAGCACCAGCUUGUACAUAAAAAUCAAUAACACCAUACAUGACUGAAAAUGGUUAGUAUAUAUAGUAUAUAUGAACCACAAAAUAAGCUCAUCGCACAUCUAUAUAUAGUACUGUUGUAUGUAGUAUCUAUAGUGUUCCACAUUCACAGUGUGUGUGCAUGUAUGAAUUUAUGCUGUUUAAAACACCUGUUUUUAUAAUUAUGUCAUCCCAGAUUGAUGUUAGUCCCGUCCCAACUUUUGAGACCAAUAUGCAUUGUAUUUGUAAUAUAA